CCCCGGUCCGGAAGUGCCCUGUGACCUCGCCGGAAGUUUUCGGAGGCAGCUGGCCCGACACAGCGGGGGCCCUGUGAGCGGGGCGGAGGGAGCGGCGCUGACUGACGCUCCAACUGCAGAAGCUGCUGUUGAAAAGAGAGAAUUUUUUUAAUAUAAGAAGAGAAUGGAUGGAGAGGAGAAGACAUAUGGUGGGUGUGAGGGCCCAGAUGCAAUGUAUGUGAAGCUGAUCUCCUCUGAUGGCCAUGAGUUCAUUGUGAAAAGAGAGCAUGCAUUAACAUCAGGAACAAUAAAAGCCAUGCUGAGCGGGCCAGGACAGUUUGCAGAAAACGAAACAAACGAGGUGAAUUUCAGAGAGAUUCCAUCCCAUGUGCUAUCCAAAGUCUGCAUGUAUUUCACCUACAAGGUCCGCUACACCAACAGCUCAACGGAGAUUCCCGAAUUCCCCAUUGCACCUGAAAUUGCACUGGAACUUCUGAUGGCUGCAAACUUCUUAGAUUGUUAAAUAAAGUAAAUUAUAUCUAAAAAAAACCCCAAACCAACCAACAAAGAAAUGACAAAAAAUGUAACUUUUUUCAGUAUUUAAUACUUGUACUUCAGUGAGUAACCUUUUUCAGAUAGCAUGUUGUGUGUGUGCUGUUGAGAGCUGUUGAAGCUCAACGGCAGGGCGGCUGCUCUCAGCCCUGCUGCAGAUAGCAAUCCUUCAGCUGGAGUUUGUUUUGCUUCUGACACAAAUUGAGGACCUUUUCACAACCUGAGACAAAUAAACAAAUCUGCCAAUUA